AUGAGUGGCUGGAGUCCGAUAUGCCGGGAAUACGAUCCUCUAAAAGCCGGGAGUAUCGAUGCCACGGACGAAGAGCCCCACGACCGCGCGAUCUUUCGGGCUAUGGUCGCUCGCUACAAACCGAACAAGGGCGUAGUUGGAGAUCCGCUGCUUACCAUCUUCGUGGCUCGUCUGAAUCUUGCCACCACCGAGGAUAAACUCCGCGAGGUUUUCUCACAGUUCGGGGACAUCCAGCGGCUGAGGCUUGUGCGUGAUGUUGUGACUGGUGUGUCCAAGGGCUACGCCUUCAUUGAGUACAAGGAAGAGCGCGCCGUGCGUCGAGCAUGGAGGGACGGCGACAAACUUGUGGUGGACCAACAUGAAGUGUUUGUGGACAUGGAGCAAGAAAGGGUCUUGAAAGGAUGGGUCCCACGGCGUUUAGGAGGGGGACUAGGAGGAAAGAAGUGGUCUGGACAGCUGCGGUUUGGCGGCAGAGACAAACCAUUCCAAAAACCUAUUAGCAUAUUGAAUGAUGGUGGUGUAGGGCCAGGGUUUGAUAGAGGUGGAUGGAGGAAUUGGGACAGACCAGGGACAAGAGAGAGAUUUGACAGAGACUAUGGAAGCAAAGGGGAGGGCAGAAGGGAUAGAGAACGAGGUGAAGACCGGGGCAGAAGGGACAGAGGGAAAGACAGUAAAGAAAGAGACCGAGGAGUAGACCGAAAGGACAGAGACCGCGAACACCGAGACAGGAGCAGGCACAGUGAAAGAAGAUGA